GGGAGAGACAGAGAGGGAGAGAGCAGGGUGCAGCGUUGCCACCAACAGGACUGGAUUCAAAAAAUAUAAAUAUUAAUCCAGAUCAAAAGAGCAAAGCAGGAGGACAAACACUGGGUUUCUCUCUUUGUACCUUCGGACACACGGAUCCUCCACGCUGCUGCUGCCUUUCAGGGACAGUUUGAGGAGAGAAGAGGACAAACGUGUCCCCGCUGAGGACGGGACCUCUGAGGCUCAGCGACAACAAUGCACCGCGUCCCCACCGGGAGACCACGGCUGGAUCGCACACACACAGACAGACACACACACAGACAGACAAACACACGUGUGAUCGAUCGUGGCGUCUUCUCCGUGUUGACUUGUUGAGACAAGUGUCUGUUAGAGUCCGAGACGCGAUGCCUGCGCGGAGGAACAGGUACAACCUGGUGGACGAUGUGGCGGACUCCAGGCUUCCGCUGCACAACGAGGAGGCGUACCAACACGGGAUCUCCUUCCAAGCCAAGUACGUGGGAAGCCUCGACGUGCCCAGGCCCAACAGUCGGAUGGAAAUUGUGGCGGCUAUGAGGAGAAUCAGGUAUGAAUUUAAGGCCAAGAACAUCAAUAAGAAGAAAGUGAGCAUCGUGGUGUCUGUAGACGGAGUUAAAAUCCUCCUGAGGAAGAAACAGAAGAGGAAAGAGUGGACAUGGGAUGAGAGCAAGCUGCUGAUCAUGCAGGAUCCAAUAUACAGGAUUUUCUACGUGUCUCACGACUCCCAGGACUUAAAGAUCUUCAGCUACAUCGCACGAGAUGGUUCCAAUAACUCCUUCAGAUGCAACGUGUUUAAAUCCAAGAAGAAGACGCAGGCCAUGCGUAUAGUGCGGACGGUGGGUCAGGCCUUCGAGGUGUGCCACAAGCUGAGUCUGCAGCACGCUGAGCAGGAUGCAGACGGACAGGCAGACGGAGAGAGUGAUAAAUCAACAGAGGAGCCCAGCAGUGAUGGGCGUAAACUGACGGGAGCAGAGCAAGGGGAGGAAGAGGAGGAGGGCAAACACGGAGGAAGACGAGGAGAGGAUUCUUUGGCCGGCACUUCACUGUGUGAAAAGGCCGUCAGUGAUAUUCUGCAGAGUCUGGCUGAACUGAAUGUGGUGAAACCUGGACAGACCAUCAUGGACCUUGAUCGACGGUCCGUCUUCACUGUGACGUCUCAAGGCAUCACUCCCAGCAGCCCUUGCUCUCCGUCUCUCACUCCGCUGGCGUCGCAGCACUUCCUGCAGCUUCUUCAGCAGCAGCUGCAGCAGCAGCAGCAACAGACACAGGUGGCCGUCGCACAGGUGCAGCUGUUGAAGGAUCAGAUGGCAGCAGAGACCGCCGCCCGUAUGGAGGCUCAGGCCCGCGUGCACCAGCUGCUGCUGCAGAACCGGGACCUGCUGCAGCACCUGGCGCUGCUGGUGCAGCAACUGAAAGAGCUGGAGACCAGUUCCCCAAAGACGGCACAACCAGAGCCGCCCCAGCAGGAGCCUCAAGAGAACGGACACAAUGCUCUGCAAUCAUCCGUCUCUACAUUAGCAAAUUCCCUGUCUCUAAAUCUGAAGAAUCACUACAACCAGACCUCUGACCAGCUCAUCACCUCCACGCCGGCAUGGCAGCUGCAGACCUCCCUCACGCAGGUGGACUGCGCCGAGUCCUACCUCAACCUGCUCAACCUGGAGAACUGCGGCACGUCUGCAGCGUCGAUCAACGGGAGCCUGGACCCGUUCAUCAGGGCCAACGGGGCGGCGGACGACAAGGAGAGGUCCUGCAAUGAGAUCGUCCCGUUCACAUCGAGAAACUCUGACAACAUGGAUGAGAAGUGUAAACAGACAAUCCCCAAACUUGACCCCCCACCACCCUCCCUGAACCGCAAGCGGGCCAGCAGAACUCUGUCCCCUGGGUCAGAAUUCACAGCUGCGCCCACGCCCGACGAGGUCGCCGCUAACGAUGCGACCCCUAGCCGCAGAAGCAGCCUCUCGUUCCCGGACACCACCCCCAGCUCCCUGUCGUCCGGCGACUUCCACUCCCUCAGCAACGGGGAGAGCAGCUCGUGCUCGACCAGCGAGGACUCGGGGGUUCGCUCGGAGACCAAGUCCCUGCUUUCGCCUCUGCGCGACGACGACGACCUGUUCGGGGACCGCGGGACAUUUUUGACGGCCUCCAGCGGCUGUGACAGUCCCUCGGAGGAGAGAGACGAAGCGGUUGCCUCUCCCUCCGAGUCGUACCCUGCCGAGCCCCACGGCCUCGCCUCACACUCGGACACCUAUGAGCACCCACUGCCCUUCUCCUCUCCUGCAGAUGAUACCUGCCUUCACAUCAGUUUCUCUGAGGACGAGCUACCAGAGAGCAGCCAGGAAGACCCAAAUGUCCCCCAGCGGAGUUAGGACGGGCCGCCAUUCCCCUGAAGACCUCGUCACUAUGUUCUUCAAUCAGCUUUCAGUGCAGUACUUACUGUCAGACCCUCUUGUGUUUGCACUGGGCUCCAUUUCAGGAACUUUAAUUAUUCUGUCCACUUGUGACACAGUACAGACAUAGCAUUAAUAACUAAGUGUAUAAAUAAUAUUAGCCAUUGAACAGAUUUAGUAUUUUUGUAAUAAAAUUAAUCAUCUUAUUUACUUUUUAGUAACUAGAAUGUUGAGAAGAAAACAUGUAGCCACUCUUGCACUGUUAGCCCUGCGGUAUACUUGCUGUUUAAUAACGCGUACGCAACUGGCUGCAUCGCAAAGGUUAUUGUUCGCGUACUUGCUAAAGGUGCAAUGCGUGUUACUUGAGGACUCCAGACGAGGGCUCAUCACAGAACUCAAAAAUUAUAGAGCACUCUGGCCAAUGUCAAGAUCAAGACGGAAAUGCGAAGGUGGUAUGUCAGACCCCUAAAUCAGACGUGUCGUGAAAACGGCAAGCUUACUUCUCUUGUUCUGCUCAUGCUGGGACUUCGCCUAUUCUGUAACUGAUGUCGUUCCCACUGACCCGGUCAAGGACUCGCCACUGCCCCUACCUUGAAGUGGGUAUUGCAGCUUGCUAACAGACGAAGAUUAAGUGAGUCAGCCAUUGUGCGUACGCGUAAAGAUACGCUUGUAUCUGCGGCCUUAGUCACAUCAUUUACCGUAAGAAGAUAAGGGAAUGCAUUUUAUUUUUGCUAGUAGUCAACAUUUAAACAUUUUUUUGUAUGAUGCUUUGCUGUGGUGCAAAUUGAUGUUUCUGCAGAUUUCACAUUGAUGGUGAUCUUGGGAAGAGCCUUGUUUUCUGAAAAGCACCUUUUUGGAUGAUGGGUGGAAAGAAAAGAACAAGGAAGUCAGAAGAGGGGGAAAAGGCGAGAAUUGGAGCAUAGUUUGGGUUUAUGCACGACCACUUUUGGCUGUGCAGUCGGUUUUUGUUUUAUCAGAGUUGAGUUGGGUCUAGCAUGUGUUGUGCUACUUGUAUUUUUGGUUUUGUCGGAAUUAGCCGAAGGGAAUUUGUAUUGUGUUAUUGAUUCUGUGUGUAGCAUGAUUGCAAUCUUUCAAAACAGAGGGAUUUGUUGUUGAAUGAAAACGAUUUAAGUUUUGUGAGACAACAGAGGAAGAAAGCAAACCCUCAGAGAGCUAACGGCCUUGAAAGCUUUGAAUUGCACCUUCCUGGGUGGGGAGUCGGUUAUAAAACGAAGCCCCGGGCUCAGUGGGAAGAUAAUUGGGGAAUCACAUAGGGCCUUGGAGAAUGACAGCAUGGCAGAUGGAUUUUUAUCUUUUCUCUCUCCUGAAUGAUAAGAAAAUCUGUUUCUUUAAAAGCUCUCAAGACAAUUACAAUGACAUUGCUGCUGCACAUUGAAAUUGUUUUUUCUUAAUCUAAAUGUUGGGAACAUUGUUUUGACCAUAUUAUUGUUAACUAAUAUAGAGCUGCAACAAUUAAUCAAUUAGUAGGUCAUACUAAAAUAUUAAUUUGCAACUAUUUACAUGAUAGAAAUUAGAAAAAUUAGAAACAAAAUUAACCAUUGUCCUUUUUAAUCAAAAAUACAAAAUAUAACCAGGUUUCAGCUUCUCCAUUAUGUAUAUGUUGGAUUUUUUAUCAGUCAAUGUUGUCACUAGUGACUGUCGACAAAUGUCACAUGCAUUUUUCUCUUUUUUGGGUUAAUUUCUUGAUCACACAAUUAGUCAAUUAAUCAAGAAAAAGAUUUAGACUAAUCAAUAAUGAAAAUGGCCUUUGAAUGUAGCCCUAUAUCUAUAUAUUGGCCUGUUUAUACAAGGCUGGAGUGCUGAAAAUGGGAGAAUGAAACGAUAAAAUGAUCAGCCAGUUAACAGAAACAAUUCUGUUGAUUAUUAGUUUCACUUCAAUCUCAAAUGUAAGUAUUUGCUGAAUAUUGAAGAUAUUUAUAAAUCUGAACAUAUAGAGGUUUUUCUUUUAUUGAAGUGAUAAAUCGGUGGGGAAAAUAAAUCAAGACAAUAACCAGGUAUCCUAACAAUGAAAAUAAUUUGUAUACAUUCUAGAGCUGAAGACAUAGCGGAAAUUCCUGUUUUUAUCUUGUGCGGCAAGAGUAGUGUACUGUUUAAUUAUGUUGAAUUUAAUUUAUUGCAGAGUUGUAACCUGUGACAGGUAGAGGUGACAAUUAAUGAGCAGCUGAGGUGAGAAGAGGGGCGGUGUUGUGGUUCAGGUGUAGAAUUCCCACAGUCGAAUUUACACCGAGAGACAAGGCUUUUCUCAACAUCACCUGUAGCAGGGAGCGAAAACAGCAAUAACACAUGGAAGAAAAAUGAAUAAAGAGGAAUACUCCAGCA